AUGCAUAGGCCGAAAUACAAGGAAGGUUCCCUUGUACAUGUUGCCGAUGCAGUAUAUGACAUGUUCCUACAGGUUGAACUCAUGUUUCGAAAUUCUCAGGACACAUUGAUGGAAGGGGAUAACGUCAAGCAACGACUAGUUGACAAGGCCAUAGAAAUCACUGAUGAAGUUGAACUGCCAGCAUGUCACAAGGUUAAACAGAAACAGCUUUUUGCACUAGGUGACACAGUUGAAGCCCUAGUGGCGCUAAAGACAAGAAGUCGUCUCCGAAGCCAAAAUAAUACUCCUGUAAAGUCUGUUACUGCCAAAUCUCCAGUGAAGUCGCCAUCAAAGCAGACAUGCAGGCGAGUGAUUGGACGCCAGGCUCCUGCUCCCAAAGCCUUGGUUCACUCACCAAGAUAUGCAAGAAAACGGAAAAAAACUAAACUGUUUGACAGUGAUGACACCGGAGCGGAUACUGAGGAUGAGAAACCAGCCAUAGUGGAUGUUGCGUUGUCUUCCGGUGCCCAGAACUCACUCGGGGUGCUAGAGAAGAGAGUAGCAGAGAGGCUUGGAGCACGCCUACGCAACAUAUUAAAACUGCCCAAGGCACAUAGAUGGGUGUGUCACGAGUGGUUCUAUGCUAGCAUCGAUAACGUCCUCCUCGCCAGUGAGAAUGAAUUUCAGCAGUGCUUGAAGGACAUGCUGCCCCAUCUGAAAACGUGCCAACUGACGCGUGUUGAGUGGUGUAAGAUCCGCAGGUAUCUCGGCAAGCCUAGAAGAUGCUCGCAGGCUUUCUUUCGGGAGGAGGUGCAGUCGCUUCACGAGCGACGAGACAGGGUGCGUCUGCUGCAACAGAACAAAGCUCUCGACGCGAAGAUGUUCAAAGACAUGCCGUCCGAAAUACCGCUGCCGCUGCACAUCGGAACGCUCGUCACUGCUCGCCUCAGGAAACCGCAGGAUGGUCUUUUCACGGGAGUCAUAGAUGCCGUCGAUACGCAGAACGCGACGUACCGCAUCACGUUCGAUCGGCCGGGACUCGGGAUCCGCUACGUGCCAGACUUUGAAGUGUUGAGCAACGAGGCGCAUGACACGGUACCGCUGGCGUCGUACGUAGACAGACAUCCGCCCGCGCGGCUGAUCUUCAGCUCUCCACCACCUCCACUGCCGACGGACCUGCCGAUCCUGACUAGGCUGAUGAAAAUUUUACGGGUAAAGAAAGAGCACAUUGAACGCUUGAAAGAGCUGAACUGUGAGGCAGAGAAAAUGAAGAGUCUCCACGAUGCGCUGACCGAGGAUUUCAAAAAGAAGUAUGCUCAGGUGGUUCUCGAUCUGGAGCAGCUGAACCUAGACCUCAACGAGCACAUGCUGGGUAUCCAGCAGUACUGCCGCGAGAUCGCUCCGGAGCACGGCAUCGUCGAGCCUCUAGCGGGUCCGCUCGCCUCCAGGAGGCGCUGCGUCGGCGACGCGGAGGAGAUGGUGAGGCGCUGCAGCGGCGAGUACGCGGUGACGGCCGACGCGACGACGCGCCUCGUCAUGCGUCUCACAGCGCUCAUGAUGCAGAUACAGUCGCUGUCGCAGCACGAGCUGAGUUCCUUCGAUUUCAACUCCAUGAGCAACUCUCUGACUGAGAUCAAGGAGACUCUAGAACCGGCGAAUCAUCGCGUAUUCCAAGAUCACGUCGAGAUACACAUCAACCACAUUCAGAGCGGACUGAGUCAGAUGGGCAAUCUGCACGCCUUUUCCAUCUCCUAGAUCAGCCAGCCGGCUUGAAGGUUACGGGGAUACGCUAUCCGCUUCCUUUCUCACGCACAAGAUGGCAGCACUAUCGGAAUGUGUUUUUGUAUGCACAUGCGCGUGAGAAGUUCACCGAGAAAACGUCUGUCACUUAACCGAUUGUUGACAUCCGUCUGUGCGUACGGUUGGUGCUCAUGCAACUUUACUGGUGCGUGUGACCUCUCUACCUUUGAUCCUGGCCCCCACUGCCGCUAUCAGUGUUAUGCGAUCAAGCACUAGAUGUUUUCCAAGAACCGUGCUUUCAGCAUAAGGUUUUUGGCGCGUUUUCUCGGUGGAGAGCGCGCCGAGGGGAGCUUACGUUAACGCUCCUGCUGUAUCUCGUUAUUUUUCUAUUGCGGAAAUAGUCGAAACUAGACGUUCUAGUUUUCGUGGAUGCGUAUAACAUAGACAAUAUCAUACGUUGUUAUCAUUUUGUAUACAUGCAAUGUUUGUGCAGGGUAGUGCGUGCGUGCAUGCGAGAGCGUGCGUGCGUGUCUGGUGUGUACAUUCUCCUGUGUGUAUUAUGAGUGUAUAAUGGAUACGUAAGGUGAAAUCCAUGUAAAACGUUUCCUUAGAAUAUAUAGCAUAUGAAAUAUGCUAAGAUCAUAAUUAGAAAAUGUUUUAACUGAAAAUGCAAUGAAAGUAUUAGUUUUCAGUUAGUAGUGGUUGCCAUCAGAAGCACAUUUUUCAUUCGUGUACAGUUAAAAUACCAUUUCGUUACUGAUAGAACAUAGCUAUGAACGCGUGUUGUAGUUGUGUGUACAAUUAGUGUUUCUUUCCCAUUUAAUGUAUGGGUAUUAUUAUUUUAUAGCUGUGAUUUUUAGUGUAAUGUUUUGGAAAACGUCGCAUAUGAGUGCAGGCCGUGCAAUAUCUUGUACACUAACCUGAUUGUACAAUGUUACGUAUGUAUGUUAUACUUGUUAUGCCACCCGCAGUUGUAAUACUGAAAUUAGACGUGGUAUUAAAUAAGUUUGGCAUUUGUUUCUGGUUCA